GCUGCCGGGCAGACAUGUCCCGCUACACCGGGGGAGAGCCGCCCUCCCCGGGGCGACUCACGGGGAACGGCCUGGAGGAAGAGGAGGAGGACGAGGAGGGAGAUCUGGACGACGAGGUGGACGCGUCUCGUCUGGAGAGAUUCAUGAGAGACAGGAGGAGAGCCCGGUCCCUGCCCGCCUACCCGCUCCUGGACGACGACUCCGGGAGUGACGGGAGGAAGCGGGUGAAGUUCGCCGACUCCAUGGGGCUGAACCUGGCCAGCGUCAAGCACUUCAGCUCGCUGGAGGAGCCGCAGAUCCCGAGCAAAGUCCUGUCCAGGCACAAGAGUUUCCCGCCGCAGCAGCAGGACUCACUGAACGAGCUGUGCCAGAGUUUCAAGACCAGCCUGGACACGGACCGGCUGAUCGCCUGCUUCCCGGAGCCCCGGGACGCGGAGCAGAGAGUCCAGCUGCUCCGCGUCUGCCUGGAGAGGGUCUUCAUCACCCAGUUUGACGUGCGGGGGCAGAUCCGGGUCUUUACCGGCUGCGCAGACAGAGAGGUCGGAGUGAGGUACACCUUCAACGACUGGCUCACCUACGUGGACUCGCAGGCUCUGUCCGUGGCCGUGGAUCAGCCGGGCUUUGUGGGGCAGCGGUACAGCUUCACCGUGUACACGCCGCCCUUCAUGGACCCCAGCUCGGCCGUGCACUUCGCCGUUUACGUGAAGAGUGAGGAGGGGGAGUUCUGGGACAACAACGAGGGGCAGAACUACACCCUCAGGUACCACUGCAUGCCCAGCAGCACGCCAUAUGCCAGCGCCGCUUUCCACGCCACCUGACCGGUGCGUGCGUCGUGCGUAAAAAGCUCUCCAUCUGCGCGUAAAAAGCUCUCCAUCUGCCCCGCGUGCUGACAGAAAUGCUUUGACAUGCAGCUGCUGUUAAUAAACACAUCAUCAGUGCAGUUCUGUGUUCUGUGGUGAGUCUGGCUGAGUUCAGGGAAACUUGUUUCACGCUGCAGUUAAAAAGGUCCAAACAUCAUCCAAAGAAAUGACAAAGAUGCUCAUUAUUUCAUGUUUCCUUCAUUUCUACCUCUGUGUUUUUAAAACCUCUGUUUGGAAGCUCAUAAAUGUGUUUUUGAAGGACAACAACGCAGCUGAAAGACAUUUAUGGAUAUUUUUUUUCUGAAUGUCCACUUGGAUUGAUGGACUCUGUUUCUCCAGACGACACAGAAGAAGAAGAAAAAAACAAAAAACAAGCAGAUUUUGAAAUGUGCUCGAUCAUCAUAACUGGUGUCAACAAGCUUGUGGACGUCUUGGACCUGCUGACAGUAACACAAGUGUCUUUGUCUCACUGCUGCUCUUAGACUCCAUCUGUUGAUAAGAAAAAUGAUGUUGAUGAAUUUAAAAUAAACAAGUUAUUAACAAGACUGGAUUCACCUCCUACUGACCCAACUAUACAUCAUACUAGAGCUGACGUCAUUAGAUGAUUAAACUAUUGACAGAAAAUUAAUUGCCUUGUUAUUUUUAAGCAGAAAUGCCAGAAACUUCAUGCUAGCAGCUUCUCACAUAUGAAUAUUUGCUGGGGUUUGUUUUUUUUUUUUUUUUUUGCAGUUUUUCAUGAUUGUAAACUCAACAUCUUUGUGUUUCUGACAAAACAUCUGAAUAUGUUCACUUCAGGGAAUAUUGAUCCACAUUUAAACUGAACAAUCAAUGGAUUAUAUGGAGAUAAUAUCAGCUGGUUGCAGCUUUACAGAACUGCUAUGAUGUAAUAACACAACCUGCCCUUCAGUUCUCUGUGUGCAGUUUGAUAAAAACACAACUUUAUAACAAAUUAACACAAUAUUAACUAAAACUAAUAAAGUCUUUAAACUAGAUUUAGGGUCUGCUGCUCAUUUCUAACCAAUUAGAAAUCAAUUAUAUAGAGCCAAAUGAAUAAAUAUGGAUCAGAAAGCUCUUUAACCCCGACAUACUGCUCAUAUUCUGACAGUAUCAGCACAUAUUUAGUCUCUAUAACCAAACUUCUGCACCACAAAUCUAUUUUUCAUUCAUAAAUACCUCAUCAGUCAUUAAUAAAUGAGUGAUUGAUCCAUUAAUGAAGCUUCAGAGAGCAGAAAGAGUUUAUUCUUUAUUCUUUUAUGGAGAGAAAAACAAUCACAGUCACAUUAUAUUAUGAUCUCAUAUUGUCUAAAACAAGAGGAAUAUAACAGCCGUCAUGAUUUCAAUCAAUGUUAUUGAAUUUUAAUAAUAAAUUAACAAAUAAACAGUUUCUGUGUGUAAAAAAAAGAGAGUAUCAGUUUUUUGUAUAUUCUGCUUUAUUUCAGGAAAUGUCAUAAAACUUCAGGCUGAUAGAAAAAUGUUUGUUUGUUUUUUUUUUUUGCUGCUCAAAUGUACAAAUGGAUCAAAUUUGACCUGAACGGCAUGUUAAGGGUUAAAUUGUGCAAAUUAUGUUUUACACUUUUUCUGAGAAUUUUCACAUAAAAGUUGUAAAGUCAGAGAUUUUUUUUAAAUGAAAAUGUUCCAGGAAGUCUUGAAACUUGUUUGUAAUCAAAUCACAGUUAACAUCAAGUAUCAAUCAGUCUGAUUGGAAAAGGAAGUGAAAGGCAACCGGCGUGAUGUUUAAUAGGUUCACGCUACUUUUAAACACUCUGAUUGGCUGCUCAGGUACUCGUGAUGUCAUUCACUCUUAAUGAUGGUGAUAAAGUGUGAUGAUGAUGAUGAUGUUGGUGAAGAUGAAGGAGAAUGUUUGUGUUGUGAUUGGAACAGGAGUUUAAAGAGAUAUCAAUCAAUAAACGGUGCUCACAGCAAACAAACAAACAAACAAACAAAUUUGUCUCCAAUUUUUACUUAAACAACAUUAAAAACA